AUGGAGGCGGAGCUGCUGGUCGCCCUCGAGCAACUGGAAGCGGUCGAGGCCGCGCUGCUGACGCACCCGGCCGACGCCGACCUGCUGCGGGCCAAGGCAGAACUCACCGAAUUGCUCACCCUCUCCUCCCUCCUUCAUGCACCCACCGCCAAUCUGGUCGAUGCUGGUGCUGAAGAUGGAGAUGGCGACAAGGGGGUGGCCGACAUGUUCGGUGGCAACGACGACGAAUGGGAACGCACGCACAAGCGCGAGUUCGAACUUCACACCGAACGACAGAAGCAGGCCUUCAGCACUUCAUCAUCCGCUACCCCAGCCUCAUCAGUAACAACUUCAUCUUCAUCAUCUUCAACAAAGCGCAGCGGCGAAGGCGACGACGUAGAGGGCGAGCAGGCCGGCUGGCUGGCGUGUCGCGUAGUAGUGACCGAGAGCUUGGGUGGCGGCUUCGGCGGACCACGGCAGCGGCGGGUGUGGCGCGAGGGCCUGCUCCACUCGCGGGCGCCCGACGACGCCGGGCGGUACCGGGUGACGCUGCUCCACUCGCGGCUUGUCCACGAGGUGCGGGCCGAAGACGUACUCCUCCAGGGCGCCACGCUCAAGCACCUCAACCACCACGCGAAGGCCGGCGAUGACGGCGGCAGAAAGCGAAAGCGAAGGCGGGUGGGUGGCGGCGAAAGCGAAGACGAUGAGGAAGAGGAGAGUAGCGGCAGCGACGACGGCUUCGCGGGGUUCAGCCUGAUGCGAGCCACGGGCGGACACGACUACGUGGUGGGCGCCUGGGAGAGUCAUACCAGCGGGAUCGGCUCCCGACUGCUCGCCCGGAUGGGCUACACGCCCGGCAAAGGACUGGGGCGAGGCGGCGAGGGAAUAGUGAAGCCGCUGGGCAUCGGCCUCAAGGCGCCGUCGCGCAAGAAGGAGCUGCUCGGCCUGGGCCACGACGAGCGGACCAGCAAGCGCGGCAAUGAUGGCGGCGACGGCGCUGACGAUGACGGCGAAGGCAGGCGCUCGCAGGCCUUUGACGAGGCCGGCAACCCGAUCCCGCGCAAGCGUCGGCGCGGCGGCAAGAAGAGUCGGAACAAGAAGGCCGCCGCGGCGAGGGACGACGAAGGCGAGAAGAAGACGUCGGACGUGUUCGGCUUCUUGAACGAGAUCGGGCAGGUCGGCGGCACCGCCAAGACCGGCGGAGGCGGAGGCGGCGGCGGCGAAGAGCGGCAGAAGAGGGAAAGGGAGCAGGAGAAGAGGGAGGACGGGUACAAGAAGAUGAGCGCCAAGGAGCUGCAGGACAGCCUCAAGAAGAAGAUCAUCGAGAAGGACGACGUCAGCUCUAAGAUCAAACACCUCGAGGAGAGCGUACAGCGAAACAAGGACAGAGAUCCGGCGAUGGCGGCGCAGGCGAAGCAGCGGAUGCGAGAGGCGCGGACCAGGCUGCACACGCUCCACGCCGAGAUCAAGGAGCUCGCCACGCGCGUCAAGAUCAAGGAGGGCACCAAGAAGACCAUCGUCUUCUGA